AUGAGAAUGUUUCAACCAUGCAUCCCAAUUGUGCACAACUCAAGCAGCAGAAUCCGAUAUAAGCUACAAAACAGCACGGAUUUUUACAACUUUCAUCAACAAUUGCUUUCGACGGAUGAGGCUUUCCUCAGCUGGAGUACCGGUGACACAAUGAUGAACGCCAUCCUACCAUACAUCGGACACAGAAAUCAUCAAGCCAAAAUCGUUCUGAUCUCAUAUCGUCUGCCAUCGAAUAAAAUGGCAGACAUUUUCUACAACGCCUGGUACCGGUACAAAUUAUUGAACGUUUUUCUCAUCAACCUUUUGGAGGGAUCUCGAAUCGAAGCUUGUAUGUUCAAUCCAUUUCACAAAGAUAAACAUAGAGAAAGGAUCUUGUCAUCUGAUUUAUUUUGUACAAUAAUGUCAAGUAGCGAGCCGGUAAGCCGUUAUCUGGAACAACUUGACGAUUUUACGCAUAAUCGAGUCAGCAAUUUGAAUGGCUACACACUGACAAUCGCAAUGCAUGAGAGUGAAGGAUCGAUGUCGGCUUUCGAUUGUGUUUUAGAGAAUCUUACACUUUCGGAUAUAGAUAUGGAAAUUUUGAUGAUUAUCAAGGAGAAGAUGAAUUUUACUAUUUCCUUCGUUGCAUCGGAACUGGAGCUGUCGAUGGGAUACAUAUUUCCUAAUGGAUCGUUGGCCGGAAGCCUGGGACUAAUUGAAAAUAAUCAAAUUGAUAUGGCCGCCAAUUCAAGGAUAAUUUAUAACUAUGGCACUAGCAACCUUCUCUAUUUGAAUCACAUUGGCAGGGAAAAACUAGUUUUUCUGGUUCCAUCUGACUAUUUUAAAAAUCGCGAUAAAAGAAUUAUUUUUAUCAAUCCAUUCAGCAUAGCAUAUUUAAUCGUCAACUUUAUUCUGGCUCUAACAAUUCCACUAAUUUCCUUUACACUAGAAAAAUACCUCCAUUAUUUAGGUAUACAGCAGGAAAGAGCCGAUUUUGGAAAUUGUGCUCUACAAAUACUCGGAAUCAUUUACAAUAUAUCGGGAAAGCUACCCAAGGCACCAAAGAGGAGAUGGAUUCUGUUUGGUUUGUUGGUAUACAACAUCGUAUCGUAUCCCGUUUGGCAAGCAGUUACCAUCCGGUAUUUGAAUUCUGAUAAUCAUCAUCUGAACAAUAUCAACAAUAUAGAUGAGCUGCUUGAAAGUAACCUCACGCUGAAAGUGUCCAACUAUCACAGACAAAUGGUAACUCACGCGAGCUCUCAUUCGCUGAACCCGAACUACCGCGAACUUACCGCUCGUUUGACUACUGAAAACACCACUUCAAUUAGGGCAGCAAUCCAGCAAAUCAUUAUCCAGCGGGACUCGGCGUUUCUCAUCUCCCAUAUAUACGUUCCUCUGAUUAAAUCCGGAAGCAACAAAUGGAUCCAUGGACACUCCUCUGGCGUAUAUGCCAUUUCGGAGCCGGUCUACGAAUUCUACAAAGCUAUGGUGGUACCAAAAACUUCACCGUUUUGGCGAUCUUUCAACGAAAUCAUUAUUCGAUGCGUUCAAAGUGGCUUCAUUGACUACCAACGUAAACGGGUGCAAAUUGUCGUGAAUCAGCUAGAAAUACGGCAUCAGUUGGCACUGGAGAUGAAAAAUAACAAACGCGUUUUCGAUAUGGAGGUCCUUUGGAUUUUUUUUGUUUUCUAUCUAUUAAUGGUAGCUUUGUCCACUGUGGUGUUCGUUCUGGAGAUUAUCGUGCAUCGUUAUGAUAAAAUUAAAAGAGUGUAUCGACGUCAACAGCAAGGCAGCGACUGCACGGAAUAUUGGCAGUCCUUCCCGCCAUGUACGGGAAGGGAGUCCUACGGUUUGGAUCCACGUAUCCGAACUGAGGGUCCGGAUCCAGAGACAUGUCUGGAUCUAAACACCAAGCCUGGGUCUGGCUCAGAUCUGAACAAGGUAACGAGAGAGGAGAUGGGUUUGAUUCGGGAACUGAUCCUGAUCCAUACUAAACCAGUUCGGAUCUAUGGAUUGGUCUGGAUCAGUCAUCUGUCCCGGAUUCGGAAUCUAGGUCUAAGUCGGAACCAGGCUUCUGAAACACAGGGUGAAAGUUCAGCAUAA